AUGCAUCAACAUUUUGCUCUACCACAGCGCGAAAUUAUGCAUUUUGCUGGCAAUCCCUUGAAAUACUGGCUCUUUCUAAGAAACUUUGAAAGUGGUAUAGCUAGCAAGUUGGGGGACGACGAAGGCCGACUUUCCUACCUGAUCCACUACUGUAGAGAUGAGACCAGAGACGCCAUUGAAAACUGUGCAAUCCUAGACCCUAGCGAGGGGUAUUCGCAGGUUCUUAAGAUCCUCAAACGCCGAUUCGGGCAACCUCACUUAAUCGCUGGGGCUCACGUAGAUAAUUUGAUCGAUGGUCCAAUCUAUGGAUCCAACUGUCUUGAUAAACUUGCCAGCGAUAUGCGAAACUGUAAAAAUACGUUGCAGCGGUUGGAUUACGUAGCCGACUUAAACUCGUCUAGGACGUUGGCCGCCAUCAUCAGACGACUCCCUCCACAGUUGCAAUUCAAAUGGUCAGAGCUCGCAUCAUCAACUCUGCGUCGUGGUAGAGAACCAACUUUCUCUGAUCUAACUGAUUUCGUAGACGAGAGGGCCGACUUAGCGAUGGUGCACCAGUCAUUCUCUUCUAGUUCCGUUUCCCCUUACAAUCGUCCCCACGGCGACCGAGCACCGCCUAACCACGAGGCAACUAACUGUAGGUCACGUAAGGCAUGUGGUGUCGCGCGAUAUUUCAUGCGCCACCACCCACUUUUGCAUCGACAAGAAACAGCCGAAGUGAAGUCGGAAGUGGUAGAAUUCCAGUUAGGUGCGUAUGAAGGACAGGAGCAACUAGUAGUAAAAAAGGCCUGGUCCGUCAGACAUCUUCCCCAGCUGAAGCGUUUCCUCUUAGGUAAAGAUGAAGGCAUACGUUGGGAACAUUUAAGUGACGUCGAACUUCCCUUUUUCGACGGAGCGAAAGUAUCACUUCUCAUCGGGAUGAACGUACCUGCCGCUCACUGGGUACUUUAA